AUGCCCAGUCGCAAACAAGCUCACGUCUAUAACCAGGACGACAUUGAUAGACUCAAGGGCAUCGCACUUCCACCAAGGCUCAAAUGCGGUCUCUGCCACAAGAAUGUGCCCCUAAUCAGGUUCUCCACCAAACAACAAACCGAUGCCCGCUCGCAAAUUCGGAGUUUUGGUAAGAUACUGAAGCACAUCAACUGCCAGGACUGCGUGGGGAGGCAGACAGUCGAGCUCGAAUGCAGCAUGUGCGGAAAGACAAAGGGUAUCGACUCCUUUGCUAGGACGCAACGCCGAAAGACUGAUACUGCCAAAUGCUUUGUGUGCAUCGAGAGGCAGCUUGCCGACAACGCAUAUGAAGAGGGCAAGUACGAAGAUCUUAGCAACGCUUUCACUCCGGAUCACUCCAAUGGCCAUGCUCCCGAGUACUUUUCCUCGGCUCUGAGCAGUACUGCUUCCAACGUUGACGAUGGAUGGAAAUCUGUCAACGAUGGCAGCCGUCGUCGCCAAGAACUAGAAGCCAAUGGCGCCCGUCGCAAAGGACUUGUAGAUGGAGGCAUCGCCUUGUCGACCGACUUCCAGAGGGCAUUGUCCAUGUCGGGCUCCGCAAGUGACAGCUUGAUCGAUACCGAGUACGCCUUCCCUGCCGGCCGCAACGGCGAUGGUGACUCUAGCGAACCACGCACCAAAUCAUGGCACACAAAGUCCAUUGAAGUCUUGAGUGCAAGCUCUGGCUUUGAUCCGAACGCAUACGGCCGUCGGACCACGCCUUCCGUUUCUGGCUCUUCCCGAUCAUUCGCCUCCAGCGUGGCUGAGCGAUCCGAUACCACGGAGAUUCGUCCCAACGGCUGGGCCAAGAUUAGGGCUGCUCCUCGCGCUUCUAUCGUUGAUGCGUGGGAUGAUGAUGAUGAUGAUGAUGAUGAUGAUGAUGAUGAUGAUGAUGAUGAUGAGGAUGAGGACAGAGAAGAUGAUAGCGAUGAGAGCAGCGAUGAUGAUGACGAUACGGCAAAUAACAUUUCCGCGCAGGAAAUUCGCGAUUCCUACGCGAACCGACUCAGGGAAGCCGAGCAAGCUGCACAGUCGGAAGACAAUGGCGAAGGACCGUCAAAUGCUGGUGGAGAUGAGGAAGAGGAAGAAGACUUGCAGGCAGAGUCGUCCGCCAUGGCCGCCGAGCGGGUUCGCAAGCGCAAGCGUAACCAGGAAGAUGCUAUAGCAAAGAUCAAGAAGGGCAAGGCUGCGAAGAAGGUGCCAAAGAAGAAAAAGAAGGACUCAGAUGACGACUCUGACUUUGAGGGUGUCAUGGACAUGUACAAAAAGGCCAAGCCUCUGCCCGGUCAACUGGAGAACUGCGAAAUCUGUAACAAACGUUUCACAGUUACUCCAUACAGCAAGGCUGGUCCAGAUGGAGGUCUGCUCUGUACCCCGUGUGGCAAGGAGAUGGCCAAGGACGCAAAAGCAGAGAAGAAGGCGAGUAAGCCAGUGGUACGCAAGGGACGCAGAAAGAUUGAGAGCAACCGUCUCGACGGCAUGACUGUAUGCGGACCCAAGUCUCUGCAACAGCUCUGCAUCGAGAAGCUAGCCCAACAUUCUGAAGACAUUGACGAACUCGGCGAGAUGCCAGAAGCAAUCAUGAACCGCAUCAGCGAGAUAUUCUCCAAGAAACGCCACAUGAACUCUACAACCAUGAAGCUCUUCCUCCAACCCGACAUGGAACGCGUCGCCAUCCACGAAGCCGCCUACCUCGAAACCGAAGAUUACGACCAGAUCUUCGCCGUUUGUCCAUACGUCAAGAGUCUCUCCCUCCGCAACUGUUGCCAGUUCAAAGACAGCAACAUCGACUACAUGAACUCGCAAGCAAAAGCCCUCCAGCACAUCCAACUCCUUGGCGCUAACCUCGUCACAAACGACAAAUGGGCCGAACUCUUCAUCGCGCGGGGAUCCGAUUUGAAAACUUUGAAAGUAGAAUGGCUCGACGCGGCCUUUGACGACGAAGCCGUAGAAGCCCUCACAACGUUCUGUCCGAACCUUGAACGCCUGAAAAUUGAGCGUUGUAAGAAAAUCGGUGCUGACAGUAUUGAUGCGAUCGCGAGGUUGGAACAUUUGCAACACCUCACUCUUCGCUUCUACGACCCGAUUACGCAUACGAAAUUGAUCCACCUCAUCACGUCUGUGGGGCAUAACCUGCAAACCCUCUGUCUCGAGCACUUCCUCGACGCCACCUCCGAGGCUACCGAUGACGUCCUAUCCGCUAUCCACAGCACAUGCAACAAGCUACGUAAAUUCCGCUUUACAGAAAACAGCGAGUGCAGCGAUGCGGGUUAUGUGGCGUUAUUCACGGACUGGGCGAACCCGCCGUUGAGAUACGUAGAUUUGAAUUCUACCCGGGAUCUCGACAACACCAACCCCGACGGUCCCCUCGACGACCCCAUCGGUCUCGCAGACGCUGGGUUCAAAGCACUAAUAUCGCACUCUGGUUCCAAAAUCGAAUAUCUGGAUAUCUCAUCUUGCCGGCACAUCUCCCACGAAACUUUUAUCCACAUCUUCAAUGCGAAAACACGGUAUCCGCAUCUCCGGGAAAUCAACCUCAGCUUCUGUCCUGUCGUGGAUGAGGAAGUUGUCGCCGGUGUGUUUGUCUCGUGUCCGGAGUUGAGGAAAGUGGUUACGUUUGGGUGUUUUGGCGUGGGCGAGGUGAGGGUGCCGGAGGGGGUGGUGUUAAUUGGGGCGCCGAGGGCGAGGGAGAGGGUGGAGCAGUUUGGAGGGGUGGGGUGGGAGGUGGAGAUGGGGGGUGGUGGGGGGAGGGUUGUGCCUGUUGUGGGAUGA